AUGAAAUAACAGAAAAAAUAUUUUAAGAAUCUUGAAGAUUUUUUAAACUCCUCUUUAUCUUCUCACACUGAUAUUGAAAUUAGACUUCCCUAAUCUCAAAUUGGUGAAUUGGGAAUUUCAAAUUUAAGUUCAGCUUUAGUCAAAUGCACUAACCUCUCUAAUUUGACACUGGACCUUUAUUAGAAUUAAAUUGGGGAUUAAGGUGUCUAAAUUUUAGGUUCUGCUUUAGCUAACUGCUCUUAAUUGAAAAUUUUAUCAUUAGAUCUCCAACAUAAUUAAAUCCAUGAAUUGGGCACAUAAGGUUUUUGUACUAGUUUAGCAAAUUGUUCUAAUCUUUCAGCCUUAGUUUUAAGACUUAGUUUCAAUUAAAUUGGGAGUGAGGGCGCAUAGAGUUUAGGCACUGCUUUAAUAAAACUUAGAAACAUUUCAACUUUGAAACUUAACAUCUUAUAUAACUAAGUUAGUUAAGGAUAAAGAUGGAAUUUAAUUAAAAAGAUAUUUAACUUAAAGAAAUUAGUAGCUAAAAGUAUAUAUGUAUGA